AUGCAGUCCAGCACCUACGGCGGCUACCAGGGCCCCACUCGCCCGCCUGCGAGCUCCACUCUCACUAGCCUUCUCGCUCAGGCAAACUCCCUCAACGACGUCGACCAUGACCCCGAGCUCCCGCAGAUCCGCUUCGGCAUCGACGAGAUUGAGCGCAUGAGCGAGGCUGUCGCUGGACGUGGCAAGCGUUCCAAGGCCGUCAACGGCGAGGGCCACACGCUCUUGUCCAACCUUGGCAUCAACACCUCGCGUCUGUCGCACGAGAUUGCCGCUCUCCCCGCUGCUACAGCUGAGCAGUCUCGCCCCAAGCGCCGUAAGCGUCUUGCUCCCCUCGGUGACCUCGGACCGGCCUACGCCGUCAGCGACGGUGACGUUGGCGCAUGGGGCCGCAACUGGCACGAGAUGGUGAUUCUGUCGGGCAUCGAGGUCCAGCGCCAGAAGACUGUCAAGUCGUUCCAGGCCCAGUUCCAGCAGCGCAUCUUGUCGCAGUGGGACGCGGAGAAGAGCCGUGUCCUCCAGGAUGAGCUUGGCGUGACCGACGACGAGCUCGCGCGCCUCUCGUCCGGUGCUGGUUCGUCCAAGGACGGCGCUGGCCUCCUUGGCGUGUCGGCUCUGGGCGCUUCGCGUCUCGGUGCCAGCACCCGCCGCUUCCCCCUCGCGCAGUCCAGCUUUGGCAAGUCGACUGUUGAGGCGCGUGAGGGUGGCCUCGUCAUGCACAACAAGGCGAUGAAGUACGAGAAGGUUGUGUCGACUCUCAACCAGCGCCGUCUCCGCAAGGAGCCAUUCCAGAUCUGCCAGGCAUUCGAGCAGACCGCCAAGGGCGACCAGAAGUACCCCCUCCUCCCCACUGCCUACUCGAUCCUGUCGCACAUCACGCAGGAGGCGUCGGUCAGCUCGACUGGCGAGACCGUCGGCGAACGUCAGUACUCCAAGGCGUACUUGGCUGCUCCCAACUCGAACCAGUCGGUGCUACUCAACGGCCGUCUCGCCCAGGGAGCACGGAGGUACCUUGAGGUUGCGUUUGAAAAGUACAUCGACGACACCAUUGCCAAGAACCCCAAGGAGGCUGCUCUUGGUGGUGUUCCCGGCAUCACCAACAAGGUGCGCGCCUUCGUCGACGUGACCCUGCGCUCCAAGGAGACUCAGGACGCAUACCGGUGCGAGGUUGUUGGCGGUAUCAAGCUGUGGGCGCAGACGUACUACCUCAUGCGCGCCGGCUACGCUCAGGAGGCGCUCGCCCUGGUCGAGACUCACCAGCACAACGUCAAGAAGGACGACUGGUCGUUCCCCGGUAGCUUCAAGACAUACCUCUCGUCGCCUGAGCGUCGUCUGCCCAAGGCCCAGCGCGACCAGCUGAUGAACGACUUCAACGCCCACCUCCGCAACAGCACUACCUGCGACCAGUUCAAGUUUGCCUUGUACAAGCUCAUUGGCCGCAUCGAGAUCAACCGCCGCGUCCUCAAGGUGGCCCCCACCACCGAGGACUGGGUUUGGUUCCAGCUGGGGCUUACCCGCGAAAACAUUGACAACGACGCGCCCCAGGACCGCUUCGACCUCACCAACCUUGCCGACCUUGUCCUCAAGUACGGUGCUGACAAGUUUGACGCCGGUGGCACCCGCCCCAUGGCUUGGUUCAACCUCCUUCUCUACACUGGCCAGUUUGAGCGCGCUAUCGCAUACCUCUACUCCAAGCCGGCGCUCAAGACCGACGCCGUCCACUUUGCCAUCGCUUUGCAGUACUAUGGUCUCCUCCGCGUUCCCGGCCCCACCGCCGACCCUGCCAUUGACCUGCUCACCGUCGACGAGGACACUGCCUAUCUCAACUUUGCCCGCCUCACCCAGCUGUAUGUCGCUCCCUUCCACAAGGUCGAGCCCCAGACCGCUCUGCAGUACGCCUAUCUCGUGGCCCUUGGCGCCGAUGCUCCCGCCCCCACUGGUGCUGCUCAGCGCCAGGCUGCCCUCGACCUCGUCCGCGACAUUGUUGUGGGCUCGCGUAGCUGGUCCAAGCUCCUUGGCUCGGUUCGCGCCGACGGUUCCAAGGAGCAGGGCAUCGUUGAGCGCGACCUCGCCCUCCUGGGUCUCUCAAGCGAGGACGACUACCUGUCGUCGGUUGUCCUUGCUGCCGCCGACCAGGCCUCCGCCGACGCGAGCCUCGCCGACUCGGUCGAGCUCUACCACCUUGCUGGCGCAUACGACAAGGUCGUCGAGAGCGUCAACCGCGCCCUGGGCCACAGCCUCGGCACCGCCGGUGCUCCGUACGACGCCGCCCAGGCGCCUACGACCGUCGGCCUCUCGGGUGCGUUUGGUGGCGCCACCGACCUCGAGGACCUGGCUGCCCGCGUGCGCUCCCUGUACGCCCACGACUUUGCCAGGCGCUCGCGCAUCUCGCAGCGCAACUGGGAGACCCUCGAGGUGCUCCUCAAGCUCAAGCUUGCCAUGUCCCAGUUCCUGGCCAACCGGCCAGACCACGCGCUCGAGACGCUGCGCUUGACCAACCUCUUGCCGCUGGACAACGACACUGCGUCCAUCUCGCGCUACGCCCAGCGCUUCCGCGACAUGCUCGACCAGCCCGUCGUGUCCAACCUCGACGACGUGAUUGUCACCACCAUGAAGUGUCUCCUGCAGCUCAGCAACGCGCUCAAGGAGAGCCCGUACGGCGACCACGGCCGCAUGCAGCAGCUCGCAAGCUACAAGCACCAGGCCCAGUGCUUGAUCCAGUUUGCGAGCACCCUCCGCCUCCGUCUCGGUCCCGACGUGUACCGCCAGCUCUCGAGCAUGAGCGCGUUCUUCUAG